AUGAGUCAUCAAUGGGAGCUGUCGAUCGAUUGGUUUCGUACGACUGGUGCCGUGGACGGCACUCGAGUGACGGCCGUACACGGCACUCAACUGCCGUAUACGGCACCUAGUAUGAAUGCGGCCACUGUUGUCUCGCUGAGGGAAUCAGGCGGAGAGGCAGUUCCUGCGUGUAUUGGCAUCUUUCAUAGUCCACGACCGGUCGCGCGACCGGUCGUGGACUAUGAAAGAUGCCAUUCCCGUCAGCCAGGGCCUACGGACUACUUGAACUCGGUUCCUUUAAAUUUGCCGGAUGCGUCAUUUUUCUGCCCUUGUCUGGCGCACUCCCGUUUGAUGUGGACUUUGCGUGUUGUGCUCGCCUGUCCAAUGGGGCCCCCACCACCACCGCCGUAG